AUGGGGGAUCUUGUGGUUGGAUUGGCGAAGUCGGUGGUGGAGGGGGUACUAACCAAGGCCCAGUCGGCUAUUGAGGAAGAGUCAAAGCUGCGGCAGAGUGCACAGAGGGACCUUGUGUUCAUCACAGGUGAAUUUGAGAUGAUGCACUCCUUUCUCAACGUCGCCAAUGAAGAGCGUGCCAAGAACAACGUGGUGAGGACAUGGGUGAGGCAGGUCCGUGACCUAGCCUACGAUGUGGAGGAUUGCAUUGAGUUUGUUGUUCACUUGGAUAACCGGCCCCACUGGUGGCGCCGCUUCAUACCAUCAUGUAUGGCAGCAUCGGCGCUACCCAUAGAUGCAGUAGUCACCGAGAUAGAGCAGAUCAAGGCCAGGGUCGAGGAUGUUAGCAAGAGGAACUCGCGCUACAGCCUCAUCAGUGACUCUGGAUCCAAACCAGUCAUGCAGCAACAACCCACAACCAGCCCUGCUAAUGGCGCAACAGCACGUGGUGAUCUUGGUAGGACAUCCAUCAUAAGGAAAGCCUACCAAGAUCCAGAAAUCUGCCAAAACUUUGGAUGCCGUGGCUGGAUCAGGUUGACAUAUCCUUUCAAUCCCCACAAAUUCCAGCAGAGCUUAGUGACUCAGUUCUACACAAAUUCUUGCUUACAACAAGGAACCACUGUAGAUGUAGCUGAACUGAAAAGGAUGGAGAGAACAGGAGCAAAGCAAGGAGGGCUCCUUGAAGAAGUCAUGAAGCAAGCGAAUGAGAAGAGGUACCUAAUCGUCCUGGAAAAUGUGUGCACAAUGGGAGAGUGGGAUGCCAUCAGGGCAUGCCUACCCGAUAGGCAGAAGGGCAACUGGAUUAUCGUGUCAACAGAGAAACGAGAAAUCGCAAGCUUGUGUAUUGGACACUCGUACCAAGUGUUGGAGCUUAAACAGUACUCAGCCGAGCACCCUGUAUGUGUGUUCUUCAAGGAGGGUCCUCAGGGCAAGGAGACUGGAAGAGUAAUGUCAAGCAACAAUGAGAAAUUAAUGGAGGAUGAAGUGAAUCACGGGGCAGGUCUUACUUCCUAUCACAGAAUUCCAACCUCAAGAAAGGCUGUAGCCAGUAGCUGGUUUGACCAGUUUAGCCUUGUUGGACGUGAAUCACAAAUGAACGAACUUCGUAACUUUCAGACCACAGCACGUUUCAAUGAUUGGCAAGUGAUGUCUGUGUGGGGGAUAGCAGGUGUUGGGAAAUCAGUUCUAGUCAGAAAUUUGUAUUAUGAAAGAAUGCUUCAAAAGGACCCAAUAUUUGACAAGUAUGGUUGGGUUCUGGUGUCCCAUCCAUUCAAUCUGAGGGACUUCUCUCGGAGCUUACUUUUGGAUUUUCAUUCAAAACCUAUUGAAGACUUGGGAAUCGAAGACCCUAUUCAGGAAUGCCAUAAGCUUCUAAAAGAACAUCCGUGUCUUGUUGUUAUUGAUGAUGUACAGUCUACAGAAGAAUGGGAUUUAAUACAACCUUCCCUGGUAUCUAGACAUUCCAAGAGUGUUAUCAUUGUUAUCACAACUGAAGAAAGCAUUGCCACAUAUUGUGCAGACAAUGAAGAGGUUGUGUUUAACGUGAAGGGCCUAGAAGCUCAAGCAUCCUUUGAUCUCUUCAGAAAAGAGGUACAAAAUAAAAACCAGGCAUCACCUCUAAAGAAUUCAGAUGACAAAGAGCUAGAACAACUUAUUGUGAAGUGUGGUAGACUUCCUAAAGUAAUAGUUGCUGUAGCCAAGUUUUUGGCACCCAAGACAGUCACAUGUAUGGAGAGCACUAGAACGCUUAAUCGCAGAUUUAUGCACGAGCUUGAGAGCAACCCUGAGUUUCGUGGUCUGAGAGAUCUGUUUGGUUGGAUGCAUUCCUACUUCCGUACAUGCCCAGAUUUCCUAAGGCCAUGUAUAUUCUAUAUGUCAAUAUUCCCUGGGUCCCAAAUCAUUCGGCGGAGGCGUUUGGUGAUGCGAUGGGUUGCUGAGGGCUACUCUAGGGACACUAAAGACACUACUGCAGAGGAGAAAGGGGAGAUCCUCUUCUCAAUGCUUGUCAACCUGAGCAUGAUCCAGCCACCAAUGUGCAAAGCCAUCACACACAUGAGAAUGAUCCAAUGCCAAGUCAGUGCUUUCUUCCACGAAUACAUCAUCUCACGUCCAGACGAAGAGAAUAUUAUAUUUGCACUGGAGGUCUUUGCACUGAAGGGGCGUUGCCUUCCAACCACCCAGCGCACAGGACGCCACCUUGUAAUAGAGAGCAGCUGGGACAGAGACAGGAUUGUGUUUGAAAGCAUUGAUUUUUCACGUCUACGGUCAUUAACAGUGUUUGGGGAGUGGGAAUCAUUCUUCAUCUCUAAUAGUAUGAAGGUGCUUCGAGUGCUCGAUCUGGAGAAUGCAACAGGUGUGACAGAUAAAGACCUCAAGCUAAUGGUGAAGCUUCUUCCUCGCCUCAAGUUUCUAUCUCUGCGAGGAAGCAGUGGGAUCCGCCAUCUGCCGAGAGCUCGUACAUUGGGUGAGUUACGGCAGCUUGAGACUCUGGAUGUCAGGCAUACCUCCAUAGUUACCUUGCCAGCAUCUAUCACCAAAUCUCAUCAAUUAGUUGGUGUUGAGGUGCCAGUAGGUAUUGACAAGCUGACUGCUUUGCACACGCUUGGUGUUGUCAAUGCUGGUCUUGCAGGGGGCAAAGACUCCCUCAAAGAGCUCAAGAAGAUUACCCAAUUGCGCAAGCUUGGAGUGUUUGGUGUCAACAAGAAAAACUGCAUGGAAUUCUGUGCUGCCAUCGCAUGCCAUGUCCGUCUGGAAUCCUUGUCAGUGUGGCUCAGCAAGGGCAAUGAAGAAUGUUUGGAUGACAUUUCCUUGCAUCUGGAGAAGCCUCUAGAGAAAAUUCAGCAGCAGCCCCAGGGGAAGGGUCUGGGGAAGACUCAGCAAAGGCCUCAGCAUAAGCCCCAGGAGAAGCCUCACCAGAAGACUCAGGGGAAACCUCUAGGGAACCUUCAGAGCCUUAAGCUAUGUGGUCUUGUAAAACAAGUGCCAUCAUGGAUCAAAGAUCUUCCCAAACUCACAAAGCUGGAACUGGAGAUAACCAUGUCAGAAGAAGUUGAAGUAAUUAAUGUUCUUGGGGAAAUAAAAGAAUUAUGUAUUCUACGUCUUUGUGUCAAGCCACAUCAUGGUGCUGAUGGCAAGCUUGAUUUUUGUGUCUGGGUGAAUGGAAUACAGCAGCGCUGCUAUUUAAACCUCAAGAUCCUCGAGAUUACUUGCAGCUCAAAGUUAAAUGUAUCCUUUGGAUCAGAAGCAAUGCAAAAUCUUGAGCUGCUGACAGCUCGCUGCUGUAGUGGGUCAACAUUGAAGUUUAUGGAGAUAAAGAAUCUAUCUAAACAAAAACUCAAGGAAGCCCGGCUUAUCGGUUCCCAUGACACUGCACUCAAGGAUGACAUUGAGAAGCAACUGGAGGAGCAUCCAAGGAAUCCUCCUUUGAAGCUGGAGGAACUGGAAGGAUGCUGA